AUGGCUACUUCAUCUCCUAAACUCUUCCUCCUUCUCUUAACAAUCUUCUUUUCAUUCUCACAUACAUGGGCAAUCAACUCCUCCAACUCCAAUGCUUCCACAGCAACAUUGCAUGCAAACCUCUCUUCCUUAAAAUCAUUUUGCAGAACCAGACCAUACCCUGAAGUUUGCUUCAAUUCAUCGAAGCUUUCCAUCUCAAUAAACAUAAAUCCAAAUAUCAUCAGCACCCUUCUUCAGUCCCUAGAAGUAGCAAUAUCUGAAGCCACAAAACUAUCUGAUCUAUUCAACAAAGCGGGACCCUCCAACAUCAUAGAGAACAAAAUAGGUGCAGUCCAGGACUGUAAAGAACUUCAACAAUCCACCUUAGCUUCCUUAAAAAGAUCAUUAUCUGGGAUUCGUUCCCAAGAUUCUAGAAAGCUAGUUGAUGCAAGAACUUACCUCAGUGCAGCCCUUACCAAUAAAAACACAUGCCUUGAAAGCAUAGAUUCUGCUUCAGGUACCCUUAAGCCAGUUCUGGUGGAUUCUGUGAUCAACUCUUACAAGCAUGUCAGUGAUUCUCUUUCAAUGGUCCCUAAGCCUCAAAUGAAGGCUUCCAGUUCCAAAGAACACAAGAAUAGGCGUUUGAUGAGUGCUCCAACGUGGUUUUUAAGAAAAAACCACCGUCUCUUGCUAAGUUCCAAUGAAGUGCUUGUUGUGGCUGCAGAUGGGACUGGGAACUUCAGUACAAUCACUGAAGCUAUCAAUUUUUCUCCCAAUAACAGUUUAGAUAGGACAGUGAUCUAUGUCAAAGAAGGGACUUACGAGGAGAAUGUUGAAAUCCCAAGUUAUAAGACUAAUAUUGUUCUGCUUGGCGACGGAAAAGAUGUCACUGUCAUUACUGGCAGCAGAAGUGUCAUCGGCUGGACCACUUUCAGAUCUGCUACUCUAGCGGUUUCUGGUGAUGGCUUUCUGGCACGUGAUAUAGCUUUUGAGAACAAGGCAGGGCCAGAGAAGCAUCAAGCAGUUGCCUUAAGAGUGAAUGCAGACUUCACUGCUUUUUAUAGGUGUGCCAUGUAUGGUUACCAAGACACUCUUUACGUUCACUCCUUUAGACAAUUCUAUAGAGAGUGUAACAUAUAUGGGACCAUAGAUUUCAUAUUUGGAAAUGCAGCUGUGGUUUUACAAGCAUGUAGCAUUGUGUCUAGGAUGCCAUUGCCUGGCCAAUUCACUGUAAUUACUGCACAAUCCAGAGAUUCCCCAGAUGAAGACACUGGCAUCUCAAUCCAAAACUGCUCAAUUCUAGCUACCACUGAUUUGUAUUCCAACUCUGCUAGUGUUAAGAGCUACCUCGGUAGGCCAUGGAGGGCCUAUUCUCGUACCGUUUACCUUGAGUCCUACAUUGAUGUCUUUAUUGACCCAAUGGGGUGGACAAAGUGGUCUGAUGAUGGUCAAGGUUUGGACACUUUGUAUUAUGGAGAGUAUGCAAAUUAUGGGUCUGGUUCAGGGACAGAUAACCGAGUGACAUGGCUUGGGUACCAUUUAAUGGAUUAUAGUAGUGCCUACAACUUUUCAGUCUCAGAGUUCAUCAUUGGUGAUGCUUGGCUUGGGUCUACUUCAUUCCCUUAUGAUGAUGGGAUUUAA